AAAAAAAUUGUCAAAAGAAAGUGUCAUUAACAUUUGUCUGAGAAUAUCUAGAGGAAUCUUUGGGAUGUGAGAUGCCUGUGGGGAAGCUUGCCCAAAUGAAAUGAAUCUGCUUCCUUCAGCCCCCAUAUCCAAAGUUGAUGACAGUUUAGAGCAUUCAUUGAGUUUUGAGAGUACCAUGUUUCCUUUACAACGAGGCAAUGAGCUGGUUAUCCAGUUUUCUAAUAGCCCCCACCAUCACCUGCAACACAAAAUGUCCCAAGAUCUGAUUCUGGAUGAUUAUGCUUCUCUGGAUGCCAAUGAUUCCAACCAAAAAUUCAGCACUAGUAGCAUCAGCCAACCAACAAAGAAACUUUUCUAUGGGGCAAAUAAAAAGAAUCAUGACUACUCUAACGAACAUAAGAAGAAGAUGAUUCAUAAGGAGAUUGAGAGGCAAAGGAGACAAGAAAUGGCUACCUUCUAUGCCUCUCUUAGAUCCCUUCUCCCUCUUGAGUUCAUCAAGGGAAAGCGUUCAAUAUCUGACCACAUGAACGAGGCAGUGAAUUACAUAAAGCACAUGCAGAAACAUAUCAAAGAGCUUGGUGCCAAGAGAGAUGAACUGAAGAAACUCUCCAAUCAUUCCAAUAAUAUGGAAAAUAACCAUGAGGGCUUGCAUACAUCUUGCAACUUCACUGUCCACGAGAAAAAUGGUAUUAUGGGAAUAGAAAUCACCAGUGUCUUCAGAGAGGAAAAGCCUAAAAUUUCAAAGUUACUACAGUUUUUGACUGAAGAAGGACUUGAAGUUGUUAGUUUCUUUUCAACAGAAGUCAAUGGCAGAUUGCUCCACAGUGUGCAGUGUGAGGUGAACCAUUCCAACAGUGUAGAUCCAUCUGAGCUGAGAAAGAAAGUUUCCAAAGCAUUUUCAACCUUUAGAUGCUCUGAUUGAUUUUGUCGUUGAAGCUAGCUAGCCUCACAAUCUGGCUAAUAACAGGAAAUUUACCCAUAGCAUGCAUUUUAAACGGAGAGCUACUCUAACUAUGGUACUAUAGAAAAAAUCUAAGAGUUUUAGUAUUGUUAUUUUUUUGGAUUAAUAGUUGAAUGAGUUUGAGAAGUGAAAAAGAGAGAGGGAGAAAGAGAGAUUCAUUAAAUGGAAGCUCGUUUAACUAUUGGUAAAAAAAAUAUCAGUACUAAAACCUUAAAUUUCUCAGGCUACCAUAGAAUUUCUCUUUUAGACUUUUCUAACUUGAUAGACUUUGUUUGGAUGAGUUUGCUUGCAAAUUUUACAUUGGCAACUGUCCCCUUUUUUCUCUUUGAUUUGGACUCUGCUGCUUUCUUUGUGAAGAAUGAGGGAAGAAGACAGUAAAAUCGUACAACUCAAAAAUGAACUCUAUCCCAAUUCCUUUUGUAGCUUUUCUGCAAUAAAAUGGAUUCAGUUUCUGUCUUUUUUUUUUCCUUUCAAAAUUUACAGAUGUGCGUUAAUUGUUUACUUGCAAGUUUUAGUUACCUUGUAAUUGAACGUAGAGUUUAUGGGAUUAUUUUACCUCGAGAAUCUCUUAUACAUCAUAUGUGUGUAUUUGAUAUUUUUAAGACAUAUAAUCAAUCUAGCAUUCAGUUUUCA